GCAGCGAUCGUCAAUCACCACAAAAAUGCCCUUCCAAACCGACCGACUCACCCUCCGCGCAUACACCGAGGCAGACGUGGAUGACCUCCUCCGUCUAUGGGACGACCCGCUCGUCCAGCCUCUUGUAUCGGGUGAACCGCUUCGCCCAUUGGGACCUGCCUAUAAAGAGCUACUGAAGAAGGACAUGGACGAUGCGACGUUCGGCACGAUCAUCACGCUCACGGAGACGGGGGAGUUCAUGGGCAACGGCACUGUGCGGGUGCGGGAGCCAAAGAAUCGCGACGCCAGCAUAUAUAUUGCGCUCCUUCCCAGGUUCUGGAGCAAGGGAUACGGGACCGAGGCGACGAAGUUCAUGGUCGAUCACGCGUUCAGAUGGUUCGGGCUGCACCGAGUGUCGUUGGGAGUGUUUGGAAACAACGAACGGGCUAUUGCGGUGUACGAGCGUUUGGGAUUUGUGAUGGAGGGUCGGAAACGUGAAGCAUUGUGGAUGGAUAACCAAUGGGUGGACAGUCUGAGUAUGGGCGUCCU